AUGACUAGAGUUGUUGGCUUAAUCGGCGGCCCAGUGCAUUCUGCGAACCUCCUCAUCCGCUCAAUCAAUUACGCCGACAUUGCCCGCAUGGUGACGACAAAGGACUUUGAAGGCAUGACCAAGCUGCUCUGCCAGUGCGGCCAGGAACUCCAGAAAGCCGGGGCCCAGUCACUGGUCCUCUGUGCCAACGUCGCCCACAAGGCGGCCGAUGCCUUGGAGGAGCAUUCAGGACUACCAGUGCUGCAUAUAGUGGAUUCGUCUGCGGAGAAGAUUGUCAGCGCCGGGCAUCACAGGGUCGGGCUCUUGGCUACCAGGGCCGUCAUGGAGGAAGACUUCUACAAGGCAAGGCUGAUUGAGAAGUUUGGUCUCGAGGUCUUGGUUCCAGGUGAGGAUUUCAGGGAACGCGUUGACGGUCUAAUCUUUGACGAGCUGAGCAAGAACCCUAUUGCGAAAGAAGCGAAAGAUCAUUUCCACAACGCCUAUGAAGAGUUGGUUCAACGCCAUAAAGUUGACUGCGUCAUUUUGGCGUGCACAGAACUUAGACUUGUAUUCAACGACGAAGACUUCACUGUUCCCACAUUUGAAACCACGGGGUUGCAUGCGAGGGGGAUCGCUGAAUGGGCUCUUCUCGAAAAUUAG